CAGUCUAUUUUCUUUUUCUGCCAACCUCGCUAUGGAGCCUUCUCCUGGACCAUUAGGCCCUAAUUGCCAAACUUGGGCUGAUAGACACUUUGGGUUGGGCCCAUUUAGAUUUUGGUCCUUACCCAAAGAAAAAAGAAACUAUCUUCUCCCCUCUCCCCUCUCCAGCUUAGCUGCUCACUGUGCUCAGCGAACGACUGAACGAGAGCAUAGAGGGACCAGCCAUUUCCCUUCCGGCCACCGCCAUGCCUACGAUCCUAUCUUCACUUCAUAUACUACAACCACGACUCAGCCUCCAUCCUCGGCACAGUCUCCAACUGAAAAUGGCGGUAGCAGUGGUAGGUCCGGUGCCCUAGCUGCUCCGCCGGUGGUUCUGGAAGAAGCUGUUCAAAAAAUCGAUUUCAAUCCUCCAAAAGGAACCAGAGAUUUCCCUCCUGAAGAAAUGCGCCUCCGUAACUGGCUCUUCAACAAUUGCAGAGAGGUCUCGAGAUUGUAUGGAUUCGAAGAAGUUGAUUUCCCAGUAUUGGAGUCGGAGGCAUUGUUUAUUAGGAAAGCCGGAGAGGAAAUUAGGGACCAGUUAUAUUGUUUUGAAGAUCACGGAAAUCGACGUGUUGCAUUGAGGCCUGAACUCACUCCUUCUCUAGCAAGGCUAGUAAUACAAAAAUUAGUAUCCCUCCCGCUGAAAUGGUCUGCUGUUGGACAGUGCUGGCGAUAUGAGAGGAUGACAAGGGGUCGUCGUCGUGAGCGCUAUCAGUGGAAUAUGGAUAUUGUUGGUGUACCUGAAGUCACAGCUGAAGCAGAACUUAAUUCUUCUAUUGUUACUUUUUUCAAGCGGAUUGGGAUAACUGCAUCAGAUGUUGGAUUCAAGGUCUCUAGCAGAAAGGAAGUAUUGAGGUGCUAUUCCAUAUCUGAAAAUUUGUUUGGCAAGGUCUGCAUCAUCAUAGACAAGAUUGAGAAGAUUCCUUUAGAUGAAAUUAAGAAAGAUUUGAAGUCAGUUGGGAUGUCAGAGGAGGCCAUAGAGGAGCUGCUGCAAGUGCUUUCCAUAAAGUCAUUAACAAAGUUGGAAGAUGAAACAAUUCUUAAGUUCAAGCUAUACUUGACUGCUUGUGUGAAUGUAGAGGUACUUGGAGGAGCAGGGGAAGCAGUUGCUGAUCUUAAACAACUUUUCUCACUCGCUGAAAGGUUUGGUUAUUCGGAGUGGAUUCAGUUUGAUGCAUCAGUUGUCCGUGGCCUUGCCUACUACACUGGUAUUAUUUUUGAGGGUUUUGAUAGAGAAGGAAAAUUGAGAGCCAUAUGUGAUGGUGGGAGAUAUGAUCACUUACUCUCUACUUUUGGAGGUGAUGACAUUCCAGCUUGUGGCUUUGGAUUUGGGGAUGCUGUCAUAGUUGAACUACUGAAGGAGAAGGGUAUCAUACCAGAACUCAGUGUCCAAGUAGAGAACAUUGUGUGCGCUCUAGACCAUGAUCUUCAAGGAGCAGCUGCUAAAGUUGCUACCUUACUCAGAGAUAAAGGACAAAGUGUUGAUUUAGUUUUGGAAAACAAACCUCUUAAAUGGGUGUUCAAACGGGCAGCACGUAUAAAUGCCCAAAGGCUUAUAUUGGUGGGAAAUACAGAGUGGCAAAAGGGUAUGGUUGGUGUAAAAAUCCUCUCUACUGGUGAACAAUACGAGGUUAAACUGGAUGAGCUAGAUUGACAAUGAAAUAGAUAUUGUUGUUUUAUCAAUAGGUUUAAGCUUUUUGUCGUUUCAUAUUCCUUCAUCAAUUCAUCUAUUUACAUAAAUUUUUAGUACAGAUGGGUGAUAUAAAUAUGGGCUGAAUAUAAUACUAAACAAUAGAAAAAUGCUAAUUACGAUUUGAUUUUACAUGAAAAUGGAAACUAAACAGGAAUGAUAUUGUUAGAGUAAGCUUUAA